CACUGUUAUCGUAAGACAGAGUGUGUUCCAGAUGUUUGCUGCUGUGUGUGUUCCGCUUAUAGCUCUUAGAGCACCCAGAUUUCCCAGUCGCAGUAAAUGCGUCUUUCCGGGUGCGCCUUCUAAAGUCAUCUUCCUUAAAGCGUAUUUUGCAGUUCAGACAGAGCUACAAGAACUUUCUGGGCCAGGAAAUGUCAGGCAAAACUAUAAAGCUUGCUUUGGUGAGCGCGCUGGAGGACUUAACAAAGGACAACUUUGACAAGUUCUGCCACCAGCUUCUGGACCGCAGGGAAGCGCCGCGCGUCAAGCGCAACAAGGUGGAGAGUAAAAGCCGCCUGGAGAUCGCAGACGUGCUGGUGUCCCACUUUACCGAGGAGGGGGCUCUUCGGGUGACUGUGGCCCUGCUGAAAGCGAUUGGAUGUCGCAACGAGGCGGAAGAACUCGCCUCGAGUGAAGCAGCUGGAGCAGCUGGUGGAAGUAAAACCGCAGGCGGCAAGGACUUUGUGGAGAAACACAGAGGCCAGCUGAUCCAGAGAGUGAGCAACAUCGCACUCAUUUUGGAUGAGCUCCUAGACAAAGAAGUUAUCCAACAAGAAACUUAUACCAGAAUUAGAGCUCUGUCUACCUCUCAGGAGAAGAUGAGGGAGCUCUACAGUGGUCCCCUGCAAGCUAGUGCUGCCUGCAAAAAGAUCUUCUAUGACAGCCUUUUGGAAAAUGAGAAACCUCUCGUUAAAGAGCUCAGUGAAAAGGAUUAAAUGUGUUGAAAAAACAGUUUUUAGACCAAAUAUACAUCUACCAAUAUCUACCAGAACAUAACAUGAUUACAUUAAAAAGGUAUAGAUGCCUUUUCUUUGUGGGGGUUUUAUUUUACACUUACAUUUUUGUAAAAACUGU